AGAUAUACACUGUAUGUGUGUGUCUGAAACUUGCAAGGGUUUAGUUUCAGGCUGGGAACACCGAGGUGGGCUGGAAAUUAAGCACCACCACAGUUUGACACUUGUUAAAAAUACUGUUGACUUCUUUUUAAACAACAAGACCCUCAAAAGAUUUUUUUUGUUGUUGUUGUUCUUGUUUUUUUUUUUUUUUGGCAAAGUAAUAAUAAUCAUUAAAAAAGAAACCCCAAUGCAAACUGAAACAGCCAUGUCUGGAGAAGUGCGCUUGAAGCAGUUGGAGCAGUUUAUUUUGGAUGGGCCAACUCAGACUAAUGGGCAAUGCUUCAGUGUGGAAACCUUGCUGGAUAUACUCAUCUGCCUUUAUGAUGAAUGUAAUAAUUCCCCUCUGAGAAGAGAGAAGAACAUCCUUGAGUAUCUAGAGUGGGCCAAACCUUUUACAUCUAAAGUGAAACAGAUGCGACUACAUAAAGAAGAUUUUGAAAUCCUGAAGGUGAUUGGUCGAGGAGCCUUUGGGGAGGUUGCAGUAGUAAAACUGAAGAAUGCGGAUAAGGUUUUUGCCAUGAAGAUACUUAAUAAAUGGGAGAUGCUGAAGAGAGCUGAAACUGCCUGUUUUCGAGAAGAGAGAGAUGUGUUAGUGAAUGGAGACAACCAGUGGAUCACAACAUUACAUUAUGCAUUCCAGGAUGAAAACUAUUUAUACCUGGUUAUGGAUUACUAUGUUGGAGGAGACCUGCUUACGUUGCUCAGCAAGUUUGAGGACAGACUACCUGAAGACAUGGCUCGUUUUUAUUUGGCUGAAAUGGUGAUAGCUAUUGAUUCAGUUCAUCAGUUGCAUUAUGUUCACAGGGAUAUUAAACCGGACAACAUUUUGAUGGAUAUGAAUGGACACAUUAGAUUAGCAGAUUUUGGUUCUUGUCUGAAACUGAUGGAAGAUGGAACGGUCCAAUCUUCAGUGGCAGUUGGAACACCAGACUACAUCUCUCCAGAAAUAUUGCAGGCCAUGGAAGAUGGAAAAGGGAAGUAUGGGCCCGAGUGUGACUGGUGGUCCCUGGGAGUUUGCAUGUAUGAAAUGCUUUAUGGAGAAACACCAUUUUAUGCUGAGUCCUUGGUGGAGACCUAUGGGAAAAUAAUGAACCACAAAGAAAGGUUUCAGUUUCCUGCUCAAGUGACAGAUGUCUCUGAAAGUGCAAAGGACCUCAUCCGAAGGCUCAUUUGUAGCAGAGAGCAUCGACUUGGACAAAACGGGAUAGAAGACUUUAAGAACCAUCCAUUUUUUGCUGGGAUUGAUUGGGACAACAUUAGAAACUGUGAGGCACCUUACAUCCCCGAAGUCAGCAGCCCCACCGAUACAUCAAACUUUGAUGUGGAUGAUGAUUGCUUAAAAAAUUCUGAAACAAUGCCUCCACCAUCACACACUGCAUUUUCUGGCCAUCAUUUACCAUUUGUGGGUUUCACAUAUACAAGUAGCUGUGUGCUUUCAGACCGCAGCUGUCUAAGACUGACAGCUGGACCGCCCUCCAUGGAUCUUGAUGCCAGCAUUCAAAGAACUUUGGAGGAUAGUUUAGCAACAGAAGCUUAUGAGAGGAGAAUAAGACGUCUAGAACAGGAAAAGCUUGAACUUAGUAGAAAACUGCAAGAGUCCACCCAGACAGUCCAGGCUCUGCAGUAUUCAACAGUGGAUGGCCCAAUAACAGCAAGCAAAGAUUUAGAAAUUAAAAGUUUGAAAGAAGAAAUUGAAAAGUUGAAGAAACAGGUAACAGAUUCUGGUCAGCUAGAACAGCAACUUGAGGAGGCCAGCACUGCAAGGCGGGAGUUGGAUGAUGCUUCCAGACAAAUAAAGGCUUUUGAGAAACAGGUCAGAACUCUGAAGCAAGAGAGGGAAGAUCUUAAUAAGGAACUGGCAGAGUCUAGUGACAGAUUAAAAUCCCAAGCCAAAGAGCUGAAAGAUGCACACAGCCAGCGGAAAUUGGCAAUGCAGGAGUUCUCAGAGAUGAACGAGCGGCUGACAGACUUGCACUCUCAAAAACAAAAGCUUGCCCGCCAGCUCCGAGAUAAGGAGGAAGAAAUGGAAGUGGUGAUGCAAAAAGUAGAAAGUUUAAGGCAAGAGUUACGCAAAACAGAGAGACUUAAAAAAGAACUGGAAGUCCAAGCCGAAGCUGCAGCUGCUGAGGCAUCCAAAGACAGGAAACUGCGAGAAAGGAGUGAACAGUACUCUAAACAGUUGGAAAGUGAAGUAGAAGGUCUAAAGCAAAAACAGGUUGGUCGUUCACCUGGGGUCAGCAGUAUAGAACACCAGCAAGAGAUCACUAAAUUAAAGGCAGACCUGGAAAAGAAAAGUGUAUUCUAUGAAGAGGAACUAUCUAAACGUGAAAUAAUGCAUGCUAAUGAAAUAAAAAGUCUGAAGAAAGAACUACGGGAUGCAGAGAGCCAGCAGCUUGCCCUCAAGAAGGAGAUCAUGAUUUUGAAAGACAAGUUAGAGAAAACCAGGAGAGAAAACCAAAGUGAAAGGGAGGAAUUUGAAACAGAAUUCAAACAGAAGUACGAACGAGAAAAGAUUCUGCUAACAGAGGAAAACAAAAAACUUUCAAAUGAACUUGAUAAGCUCACCACCAUGUUUGAGAGGCUGAGCAUGAAUAACCGGCAGCUGGAAGAAGAGAUGAGAGACCUGGCUGAUAAAAAGGAGUCCGUGGCCCACUGGGAGGCCCAAAUUACUGAGAUCAUCCAAUGGGUAAGUGAUGAAAAAGAUGCUCGAGGUUAUCUUCAAGCCUUGGCCUCAAAAAUGACAGAAGAACUAGAGGCCCUGAGGAACUCCAGUUUGGGUGCAAGAGCUACAGACAUGCCCUGGAAGAUGCGCCGCUUUGCAAAACUGGAUAUGUCUGCCAGGUUGGAACUACAGUCUGCUCUUGAUGCUGAAAUCCGAGCCAAACAAGCUAUUCAAGAUGAGUUGAAUAAAGUCAAAGCUUCCUGUAUCUCUACAGAGUGUAAAUUGCAAGAAUCUGAGAAGAAGAACAUGGAACUGUUGGCAGAUAUCGAAAGGCUGAAAAAGGAGACAGAAGAGCUUAGAUCAGAAAAGGGUGUAAAGCACCAAGACUCACAGAAUUCUUUCUUGGCAUUUUUGAAUGCGCCUACCUCUGCUCUGGAUCAAUUUGAAAUUGAUUCAGUUGAGAAUUUUACAUUAUCUAAUACUCCAUCACGGGAUGAAGACAGCAAGUCUCACCUCCAUUCAAGAUCAAGGUCUCCUUCUACAGCUAGUGAGAUUGAACCAAUUGAGGUUACAGAUCAUCCUCCACGUUCAAUUCACACACCAACCAUGAGGACAGCAUAUAUUGGAUCGGGACUCUCUGCACCAAAGCCUAAAGCCCACCAGUUCGUAGUGAAAUCAUUUAAUACACCAACAAAAUGCAAUCAAUGCACGUCUCUGAUGGUCGGUUUAAUACGACAGGGCUGCACUUGUGAAGUGUGUGGAUUCUCUUGCCAUGUGACCUGUGCAGACAAGGCUCCUGCAGUGUGUCCAAUCCCUCCCGAACAGACUAAGGGGCCUUUGGGAAUAGAUCCACAGAAAGGCAUAGGAACAGCUUAUGAAGGACAUGUCCGAGUACCAAAACCAGCUGGAGUCAAGAAAGGUUGGCAGAGAGCUCUGGCAGUGAUCUGUGAUUUUAAACUCUUCCUAUAUGAUGUAGCAGAAGGAAAAGCAUCCCAGCCCAGCGUGGUAGUGAGUCAGGUCAUAGACAUGAGGGAUGAAGAAUUCUCAGUGAGUUCUGUCUUGGCCUCGGAUGUCAUCCAUGCAAAUCGAAAAGAUAUCCCCUGUAUCUUUAGAGUCACAGCUUCCCAGCUCUCUGCAUCCAGUAGUAAGUGUUCAAUCCUGAUUCUAGCGGACGGUGAGAACGAAAAGAGCAAAUGGGUAGGCGUGCUGAAUGAAUUGCAUAGGAUCUUGAAGAAGAACAAACUCAAAGAUCGCUCGGUUUAUGUUCCCAAAGAAGCUUAUGACAGCACCUUACCCCUCAUCAAAACAACACAAUCAGCAGCAAUCAUAGACCAUGAAAGAAUAGCUCUGGGGAAUGAAGAAGGGUUAUUUGUUGUGCAUGUCACCAAAGAUGAGAUUAUCCGUGUUGGUGACAAUAAGAAGGUUCAUCAGAUUGAGCUUAUCCCAAAUGAACAGCUCAUUGCAGUAAUCUCAGGACGAAACCGUCAUGUGCGGCUUUUCCCUAUGGCUGCCCUGGAUGGAAGGGAGACUGAGUUUCAUAAGCUGGCAGAGACAAAAGGCUGUCAGUCAAUAGUUUCUGGACACGUGCGCCAUGGAGCUCUUACCUGCCUGUGUGUAGCUAUGAAAAGGCAGGUCCUGUGUUAUGAACUAAAUCAGAGUAAGACACGUCACAAAAAGAUGAAGGAGAUCCAAGUCCAGGGGAACGUCCAGUGGAUGUCAAUCUUCAGUGACCGUCUUUGCGUGGGCUACCAGUCAGGUUUCUUAAAAUAUUCCCUUCAUGGAGAAGGCAGCCCAUACAGUCUACUCCAUCCAGAUGACCACACACUAUCAUUUAUCUCACAGCAGCCAACUGAUGCCAUCUGUGCGGUCGAAAUCUCAAAUAAAGAGUACCUGCUGUGUUUUAGCAGCGUAGGGGUUUACGUUGACUGCCAGGGCCGAAGAUCUAGACAACAAGAACUGAUGUGGCCCGCAACUCCAUCUUCUUGCUGUUACAAUGCACCAUAUCUCUCUGUGUACAGUGAAAAUGCAGUUGAUAUCUUCGAUGUGAACUCCAUGGAGUGGAUUCAGACAAUUCCUCUCAAAAAGGUACGACCCUUGAACACAGAAGGAUCACUAAACCUUUUAGGCCUGGAGACAGUUAGAUUAAUAUAUUUCAAAAACAAAAUGGCAGAGGGUGAUGAACUGGUAGUUCCUGAGACAUCGGACAACAGCCGGAAGCAAAUGGUUCGAAACAUCAACAACAAACGCCGUUAUUCAUUCAGAGUACCAGAGGAGGAGAGGAUGCAGCAGAGGAGGGAGAUGCUACGCGAUCCGGAAAUGAGAAAUAAAUUAAUUUCUAACCCAACUAAUUUUAACCACAUAGCACAUAUGGGUCCAGGAGAUGGUAUACAGAUUCUCAAAGACCUUCCAAUG